CAACCAUCUCACUUUCAAACUUUCUUAUAUCCUACCUUUCCUCAUUUCCUUCAUUACAUACAACUAUAUCAUUUCACACACCUCUCCUUUGAAUCUCAAAUUAUCAACACACAAUGACUUCCAUGUUACACAGGGAGAAAUCUCUCCCAGUCUCUCAUCAACCCGACACAACCGAUCCAUCCUCGGUAUCAUCCGUCAUGCGAAGAAGGCUCUCCUCCAUGUCCUUAAAGAUCCAUCCUUCUUCCAUUUCAGACACCACGUCAGCUGCGACUGCAUGGGCCAUGCGUCGCUCCAAAUCGGUCUCCUCAAUGGGCGAAACUGCCUCCACGUCGAUUAAAACCUGGUGGGCCUGGGGUUUUGGUUGGAUACUUUCUAAAAAACCGGUUUUUGCGCAAGAUCUUGAACUUAAUCAACAUGACACUACUUUAGGUGGUCUUACGUCACGUGAUAAAGGAAGUUGGAAGCAUAUUUUGUUUAAAGUUAGAUCUGAGAUCCGAAAACUUAUUAGAUCUGAUGAUAAAGUUGGUCUUCCGCAAACUAUUCGUUACAACUCGAAUUCUUAUUAUCGAAACUUUGAUGACACCACCAACAAGUUCGUCCGAGGCUAAAUAAUAUAUAUAUAUUUUAUCGAUUCUGUAUGUACGGUGUGUUGUUGUACCAAAGAAUUGGAUUUCAAAGAACUAUUUUAUUUGUUAAUUUUUUUCAAUUGUAAGAAAUAGAAGACAAACGGGCAACAAGUUGUGCUGUUAUAUCUUUUUGUAUAAACUACGUUCAUAGAUCUUGGCUGUCUUCGAAAUCAAAUCAAGUUAUAAGGAAAGUGUAAUUGAUGCGCUAUCAUUAUUAAAUAUUCUUAUUCAUAUUAAUAUUCAUAUAUAUCGAGAUGUGCUUGUGAUCUGAUGGGAGUAAAAAAAUUACUGUCGGUGGUAUUGGAUUUUACCGCGUACGUACGAGUAGAAAGCAAAGUAUAUUUGGGGAAGUAAUAGUGAUAUAUUGUAAUUUGUAUAAUUUGUUUAUGUAGUUUUCGAUUCUUGUAAUAUAUUUAAUUAUUUUGUA